CAUAGAGACGACCUAAACUUCCGUUACAGUUCAGACAGUUGCAGCAGUACCCUCCUCCCGAGCUGCGCUCUCAACAAACAAGCAAGCUAGCGGACUGAACGGACUGAAAAUGUUGUCUUACAUCAUCGGGCUGAUCCGAGGAGGCUUUGACAGCAUCCUCAACCUCAUCUUCAGGCUGCUGUUCUCCAAGAGGAGACCUGCCAUCACCUUGGAGGACCCCAACAUCAAAUAUGCGCUCAGGUUAAUCGACAAACAGAUUGUGAGUCAUGACACAAGAAAGUUCCGCUUUGCCCUGCCUUCUCCUGAACACGUCCUCGGCCUGCCUAUUGGGCAGCACAUCUAUCUGUCCGCAAAAAUAAACGGGCAACUCGUCGUCCGCCCGUACACGCCCGUCUCCAGCGAUGAUGACAAAGGCUUUGUGGACCUGGUGGUGAAGGUUUAUUUCAAAAAUGUUCAUCCUAAAUUCCCAGAAGGUGGAAAGAUGAGUCAGUAUUUGGAGAGCCUCAAGCUCAGCGACACAAUUGACUUCAGAGGACCCAGCGGUCUUCUUAUCUACAAAGGCAAAGGUGUUUUUGCCAUUCAGGGGGAUAAAAAAUCUCCAGCUGUGACCAAGACGGCCAAACAUGUGGGCAUGAUCGCUGGAGGAACAGGAAUCACCCCCAUGCUGCAGCUCAUCACUGCCAUCAUUAAGGAUCCUCAGGACCAAACGGUGUGUCAUCUGCUGUUUGCCAACCAGAGUGAGAAGGACAUCCUGCUGAAAGACGAACUGGAUGAGAUUCAAGCCAACCAUCCAGACCGAUUCAAGCUGUGGUACACAGUGGACAGAGCACCUGAAAACUGGGAGUACAGCCAGGGCUUCAUCAAUGAAGACAUGGUGAGGAAGCAUCUGCCCCCUCCUGGUGAUGACACGCUCAUCCUGAUGUGUGGACCUCCACCCAUGAUCCAGUUUGCCUGCAAUCCCAACUUGGACAAAGUGGGCCACGCCCCCAACCGCAGGUUCACCUUCUAGAUGUCGGUCCAUUUGGAGGAAAAUGAGUUUGGUUGUUUAAGGGCUUUGUUAUUGUCUCUGCCCUUAAGGCACUCAAGCAGAGGGAUUUGCACAGUUUACACAAUAUUUAUACAGCUAUAUUAUUGAUGCAAAGGAAUCGUAGCUAAGACCAAACCACAGGGGGAAGAGUUGGAUAGGCCAGGGAGUUGGGAAUCAUGGUGAGACGGGAUUUUUAGUUUGGUGUUGAGAUGUUUGAGUUACUGUGGCUUUAUGGCUGUUCAUCCAGUGCCUUAAAAACCUGCAGAACUCUGUUUUUUGUUUAAGGUCAUCACUGCUUCAUUGCUUUUGAACGCCUCCAAGUUGAACAUGUCAGUUUUUUGCUAAAUGUUACCUAAAGUGUAAAUCUGGUUGCUUGUAUUUAACAUGGAGCAUAAAAAUCUGUUGCUACUGAA